GGAGAAGGAAAUCCAUGAUUGACAGCAUACUUCCUGCUCUGUAAGAUAAUGGCAUAUAGGAAGGUGUGUGAUGCCCAGGGUGGUCCGCUGGUCGGUGAGGUUCUGCACUGCUCUGGAGGUCUAGACCUUGACUGGGAUCUGGACAAGGAAGAGCUGCAGGAACCGGGGCCAAGCAUGGACCGCAUGCAGAUGCAACAUAUAGACUGCCAGAGAUCAGGGUGUUCAGACCCUGGUCCUGACCCUGACCCUGAACUGAUGGAACCCAUCCAGCCCUCUGUAUCAGUUUCACCACAUGGACGAUUUGAACGACUUCAAGAAGAUCCCAACUACAUCUCCCACUUCACCAGGGCUCCUGGACAUAAAGGACAAAGACGGCUGCACUGUUUCCUAGUCAAAUACUUCCUGGCAGGGGUGGCUCUUUUUGUCCUUGGUGCCCUGAUUGGUUGGUUUACUCACACAUCUACUAUCAAAUCACCUGUUCUGCCACCCGACAGCUCCGACCUGCUGGAGGAGUUGUUAAAAGGAAUUACCGCUGACAAGAUAGAUGCCCUUCAAAGGUCUUUUUCAAGCUUGUCAGAUGACAGUGAAGAGUCAAGAGCCAGGUACCUUUACAGGCAGUGGGUGGGACUUGGUUUAACUGAUGUCCACCUAUCCAAUCACACUGUUCUGCUCAGUCUGCCUGGUUCCACACCCAACACCAUCACUGACAGAUCUAGCCACCAGUGUUUCAUGCCAAACGGGACCCCUUGUGACCAGCGUGGGCCAAAUGAUCUGACAAAGCAGCAGUUCUCCUAUGCUGCAUACUCUGCCAUGGGAAGCGUGCAGGGUGAGGUGAUGGACAUCCAGUAUGGCAGUGUCGAUGACCUAAAAAGAGCCAAAGAGACCCUGAACCUCACCAACCAGAUUGCUGUGGUCAAACUUGGCAAAGUACCUUUACUAUAUAAGCUAUCCCUUCUGUCUGAGUUGGGUUUUGGAGGUGUUCUUCUUUACAUUGACCCCUGUGAUGGUCCCCCCAGUCGCCACACUUGGCGUCAAGCCUUUAGAGUCACUUUAAACCCUGGAGGAAGUCCUGCAAUUGUUGGGUUGUCAAAGGAAGCACGAGGAAGUCUGACAUCUUUGUUGGUUCAGCCCAUCUCUGCCCUCCUCGCCAAGACAUUGCUGUCAUCGCCAUCCACGGGCCAGGAAGGUUCUUGUAUUCCUCUAGCAAUGCCUCCCAAUACAGAGCGCAAGAAGAUAACCCUGACAAUUGGAAACCAGUUUUCGUACAAGAAAAUUUACAACGUUGUGGGAUAUCUGAAGGGAAAGAGGAACCCAGAUCGCUAUGUGCUGGUUGGUAGUCGUCAUGACAGCGACCAUGGAGGCGGGACUUCAGCUAUUAUGAAUCAACUGAUUGCAGCACUGACAGAGCAAACCAAACGCGGAUGGGUACCAGACCGUACCACUGUGUUUUGCUCAUGGGGAGGCUCGGCCCUGGGAAACAUUGGAUCUUAUGAGUGGGGAAAGGAUAACAGUGUUGUUCUGCAGAGCAGUGCAGUGGCCUAUGUCAGCCUGAACUCUCCAGUUAGAGGGACGGAAGCUCUCAGAGCUACAGCUUCACCAACUCUUCUGCAGCUCACCUCAGAUAUACAGAGGAGGCAGUUGCUGAGUUGUAUUCGUGGCGGAAACUGCCCUGGACCCAACGUCAGCUCACUGCAGUUGCCUGGAGAUGUGGGCUUCUUUGCAAACCAAUUGGCUGUGCCUACCAUGGAGUUUGCCUUUGAACAGACUAGAGCAGAAGAGACCACCAGUUUUCUGUCAGAGGCCCAGUUUUCUUCAGAGUCACCAGAAACCCUGGACCCACUUUUCAAGUUCCAUGAGACCAUUGCUAAGAUGACUGCAGAAGCAAUUCUCCGACUGGUCAAUGAUCCCGUGCUGCCAUUUUACCCUCUAGACAUCGCCCUGGAUGUUCAAAACAAGCUCAAAGACAAGAGUGCACUAUCGCUGCCCUUGCUUUCCUCAGCCUCCGCUCUCAGAGACCAUGCAGCUUUCUUCCAGUCAGAAACUAUGCGGCCGGCAAAUGACCCAAAAGAGCGUGACCCCUCCCACGUGCGGAUGCUGAAUGAUGUACUCCGUGACCUGGAGAAGAGCUUCAUCAUCCCACAGACACCGCCUGGAGUGUACAGGAAUCUGUUAUACAGCCUUCCAGGAAAGACUCCUCAGUUUUCCAUCUUGAAGUUCCCUCGGGAAGCUGUCCUGCCUUGCAACAUCCCCAGCAAAACAAUCAAACACAACUCCGCAAACAAAGAAGUACUUUUCCACAGCGCCACAAACCAGUCUCUGUCUCUCAUCCUCAGGGCCAUCCAGUCAGCUGAGAGGCUUGUGUGCUUUGGUUUGGACUUGUUUGAAAAUUAUUCAAGUGAAUGAGGAUUUUUGCUGAAACAGACGUAACUGGCACAUAUUAAAUUAAUUAAGUUUAAUUCAAUGCAAAUAGCAGAAGACAACUGAUCUUCUAACCAAUCUUACCCAUCAUACUAUAGUCCUGAAAAAGGUUUAAGGUCAUAGGAAAUCCACCUAUUGAAAAAACAAUGCUCAAAGACAUUGGAGCUGCCAUUCCAUAGUAUCACCAGUCUAAAUGUGUUCACUUCCACACCUCUCCAGUAAUUAGUGUCAAACGAAUGACAGCGAUAUGCAGUUCAUAUUGUAGAGAGACAUUUCAGAGACUUGAUUGAUGAAUGUAUUGAAACAAAUUUGACACACAAUAGGGCUUAUACACGCAUAUGAUGCUUAGACAGUGAGGUUAUUUAAAUUGCAAUAAAUUCUCUUCCAGUGAACGUAAUAAACCGCAUUAGUACUUUCUUAGUACUUUACACCAGGUAUGUGAUUUGUGCCUGAAAAGUUUUCAUCAGGAGCAAAUCUCUGCACAGGAUUACGAGCUGUAGACACAUUACUAAAAGCUGUUGUAAAGCCAGUGUGCAAAAAUGGUUUGGGUCAGGGUAACUUUGACAACCUUGAAAUCUUGUUUAUACUAGAAAACAGUUAACUUUGCACGCACUGCGAGCACAAUUGCUGGGACAACAAAAUUUGGGAAAGCUGCUCCCUAAAAUGUUCCAAAUCCAAUUUUUCAUUUGGUGUCAAACCAAAUACUAGCUGCCCAACCAAAUGGCUAGUUUGCUUAGUUAAUUAAAAAGCAGCUAAUAUUUCUUAGCUAAUCCAGAGGCCUUUUUCUGUUUUAUUAAAAAAUAUUCUAAGAAUUAAUAAUAAUUAAUUGAAUGUAAUAUAGAUUUUGCCUCAGGAUGCAAACAGUUUAUGAAUAAAGUUUUUGCUUUUGGGCAGGGGAAUGCAACAUUAGCAUUAGCAAAGUUAGAUGCAAAUUGAAAUAUUCUUAAAACUCAGCUCUCUGUGUGGUUUCGUGUAGCAAAAAGCCAUUCUAGUAUCAGCCUACCCAACAAUCACCGUUUUGCUGUCACUGUAAGCAAUGGCAUGCUACUGUAAGGUCUGCUGCAUUUGAUGAAGCGUAUCAACACAACUCAACUUGACACAAUAACACAAAUAAAAUCAGCUAUUCUACAAUUUUCAUGUUGUAGCAUAGUCAACAAAAAGGAUCUUAAAGGUAGCUGUUUUAAAUAUGUCUUCAUAGAUGCCAUUAAUUUCUCCUGCUGAUAAAACCAAUAUAGCUCCUCAGUGUCAGGUGAAAAGAAGCAGUUGUGUAAUCCUUAUUUUGAAGUAUGAAUGAUGGCUUAAAGCUAGGACUGGCUGUGUCAUGCAAAUGCCAUAUGAGAAAGACAAGUAAGAGAAAUGCAAGAUUAGAAGAGGGGCAAUCAAUAGACUAACACAGUCAACGUUAGUGUAAAAGGCAUUUUUAAUCAGCUGAAUCAGAUAUCCUGUUUGGCUACUCAGAAAACCAGUCCAGUGUAGUAUUGCUGACAAUCUCAGUGUCUACAUCAGGUAAAUAUAUUGGAAAAUAAGUGAAAUAUUUUAGCAUACAUUCUUUUAGUUUAAAGCAGAAUGAGCAGCAGCACACACUGUAAUGGCAGCUGGAUGAAUGUUUACAACCAUUAUGCCCUGUUUGACAGUUGCUUUCUAUCUCCAUUUGUCAUUUAUCCCAUUUUCUCAGUGUGUGCACAACAUACUGCAAACUCCUAGUGUUCUAAGUGACAACAGUCCUCUGUCUCUUUAUUCUUCACACAUUCUCUCACUAAUUAUUAUCACAAUCAAGCAAUCUCUCUCAUUCUGCAUCAGUUUGCUCUCACGACAAGACACUUCUGAGUCUAAGGCUGAUGUGCUCUUUUUAACAGCCUGCGCAUGCAUGGAUGGAGAGCUGAGCAAUAAAUCUCUUUUUUCAUUAGCGUUUUUAAUUAAUAUCGUGAAAUUGUUUGGGAAACAAGUAGAGGAUUGUUGUGAGCAAGAGCAAUAGUAUAUCCUGGUUUGUGGUUUUUAAGCUGGAACCAAUCUAAAGCUCUGAAUGACAGAUCAACAGCUCAAUAAUCCUUGAAAUAACAAGAAUCAUGAGAUAUAAAUAAUAGAAAAAUAACUGGUUUCAGGUUUUUUGUAGUUAGGCAUGAUGUUUGUAAUAGUGGUGUCUGUGAUUAUAGCAAUGGGAAAAAAGAUAACAAUUUUAUACGUAAUAUUUCUUAUCUUGACUUAUUUAUAUUAGUUUGAAUGUGAUAGACUUUUGUAGCAUAAUUAAGGGGUGGGAGGGUAAUGGAUGGGCUUAGAGUUUACAUCUUGUAAUUUCUUAUUAAAUUGGAGAUUUGUAGAGAUUACACACUUAUAAAAUGUUCUGAGAAAUAAUUAAGCAUCUGGAGAGAUACCAACAGCGUUGACUACAAUUGUUUUUCUUCCCCAGAUAAUCUGUCUGCUCUCUCAUGUGUUUUAGUGUUUUUGCAUUAAUUGCGAUGUACUCAAAUAGUUGAAUUUCAACCUUUCAAAUAUCGUGCUUUUUUUUAUUAUUUCCUCUCAAUUUCUAGAAAAUAUUUGAUACGCAAAAUUUUUGUAAGCUAAACUGAUCAUUUCUACAUAUGUUACUAUCCAGUUUGUAAAUAAGCAGAAAUGCAAUACUGAUUUGAUAAGAACAAAAAAACUCUUCAGGGAUCAAAAUAUGUAAAUGUCGAAUGCUUUAAAUAACGUGCCUUUUAUCAGAGGAGAAAAUGCUUUAAUUUAUUUAAAUGGCAUACCAAAAACUUUAAUUGACUGACCGUGGUAUCUCAUCAAUAAGUUACUGAUGUGGCAUUAAUAUAUCUGAUUAUCACGAUUGUUUAUUGGAGUAGCAUUACACUGCAUUUUGAUUAUAUGCAAAACAAGUUUUAGUGGUAAUGUAAUUGUUUGAAAGUAAACACAGAAAACCCAUUCAGCCUGUAGCUAGCUUAGCUAUAGAUUAUGGAUUGGCUGCUUGUGGUAAACAGACUGGACCAACAGCUGUAACUGUAACAUCUGUUGAAUUUUGUUAAAUCCAACUUUUGAAAACUGAUUGUUGUUACUAAGAUUUUUGUUUUUUAACUAGCUUGCUGUUUUAGCUAGUUAACAGAUAUGACAAUACAUAUGUCAUGUAAUUAAUCAGAAAUUCAGUCAAUACAAAUGGCUAAAGGUUUUAAACUAUCAUGCAUGCUGUGCAUUACAUACAAACCAGGCACAUCAGUGGGCUACCAAUACAAUAAGCAUGUUAUGCCUGCUCCGGUUCAGGUCUUUAUUUUGAAUAUUUAAAAGACGUAUCUUCCCUUUUUUUAAAGCGUUGCGUUGUUGUUUGAUUAGUCUUUGUAUACUUUGUAAAGUAAAUGUAUUGUCUGUUGUGUAUUGUCCAUGUGUGAGACAUACUGAUCCUGUCACUGUGUCACAGACUUAACAUACAGUAAGCAGACUACAGUCCUAGAUGGACAGAAAGUAGGUCUCACCUUAAAAGCUAUUCAAACAUUGUCACUGAGCUCUAUGCACGACCGACACCGAUAUUAUUGAGUGAUACUAUACAUUAUUUAAUUACACUGUAAAUUACCUAAUUAUCUACCACAUACAGUUAAUCCAAUUUUGACAAACUAAAAGGUCAUUUUGAUUCUAUUUGGUCUGAUGGGUUACAGUAUGGUCAGUCUGCUUCACAGCAUAUGCUUUCAUCUUUUUUAGUUUUGGUUUAUACAGUAAUUGCAUGAGCCAUGCAGAGUGUCAUCAUUACUUCACAAUUUUGUACAUGGAUUAUUGUUUUUGGCUAUUGCUAUUGGCUGUUAAUAUAUUGUACAUAAACGACCAGAGGUUCACCAACUCUUUUUUUUUUUAAUGAAAAGGUUACAGGCAUGACAAGAUAAUAAGGGUACGAGGAUAAAAUAUCACGUAAACAUGAUUAUUGCAGUACAAAUUGCAUAAUUGCACAAACACAGAUUCACCCUACCUCUUAAGAGGUCUCAACCCACAGGUUUAAAAAUACUUGACCUGGCUGAACUGUGAGCUGUCUACUGUGUACAGUAUUUAUUUGAAAUUUUGGACAGUUAGGCUAAACCGAUAUGCAAUGUGAAAUAUAUAUUUUUAAUAAAAUUAGACAAUACUGGAAACUGCUGUAUUGUGGAAUUUGCACAAAAUCUGAAUGUUCUGUUUUCUAAUUCUCAACAUUUGCAUUCUGCAAUUAUUAAUCACACUGUGUUGUUAUUGUUUUUCUUAAUUGUAUAUUUAAAAUGACCUGGUUUCUUAUGCAUGACAUAUUAACACUAACCCGCUUAUGCAGGUUGUUGGCAUGGAUUUUUUUGUCCUCUUCACUAUGUAAAGUCUUGUUGAAUUUUCAAUGCAAUAAAAACU